AUGACGGGACCGCAAGAGCCGCCGUACAGCACACUCGAAGUCGACAGGGCGCAAAUGGGUGAUCUACCCGAGGCUUUACCCCGCUCCGAUCCGCCAGAGGUGAUCGACAAAACAAUUGGGAAAGAGGUUGUAGGCAACGGAGGCCCGCUUCCGCCAAGACAAACGAUAUGUGGUCUGCGCAAAAGGUUCUUCUGGAUUUUGGUCGUCGCGGCUAUACUCGUAAUCAUUGGCGUCGCAGUUGGGGCCGGAGUUGGUGCGACACGAGGGAAAAGUUCAGCGAGCUCAUCCAACAACGGGAAUAGCACAUCGAAUGGAGGAAAUGGCACUGCACCAUAUCGUCGGGGUUUUGUUUCCACCUCGUACCUUGGAGCGGCGAAUUAUACGGACUCGGCUGGCAUCGAGCAUUCCCAGCUUUACUACCAAGAUAACUCGUUGCAGAUCUGGUACUCUGAUUGGAAUUCUUCGACGGACAAGUGGUCAUUCUACGAAGUAGUGCCUGAGACCGGAGAAGACAUGAGUCCAAAAAAUGGAACGCCAAUCGCCGCAUCAAACUAUUGGCGCUCAGACAACGAUAGCGACUUCAGAUGCAUAUUUGUUGAUACUGAUAACUUCAUCCGUUUCUUGUAUCUUCCUAGGAGAAGAAUAACAGACGAUUGGAGCGUAGUGGAGUUUAUGGAUCGCAGCAUGUCGGUCAGCGAUAAUUCGAGCAUUGUCGAGUACGUACCACAGUGCAACGCCACCACUGGUUGCAACUCAGCCGAUUUCACUGCCUAUUGGUCUCAAGCCGACAGCUUAAUGGUCAACUAUCCGUUUGGAAAUGGCGAGUCUGGAGCCAACACUGGCAAGUUGCAAGUCGCAAAUAUAAGUCCUGAUACUGGCAGCGCUAUGGCUGUCACAACGAUCCAAAGGACCCCAAAAAGUUCAGUCAAGUAUCCGAGAGUGGCAAUUUACUUCAGUUCUUUCGGUUACCUGACCGAAAUCUAUGGCGGUUAUAACAUAUCUUGGACAAGCUCAGACCUCCGCGAUCAGCGCAUCCCAGUCGAUGAUGGAGCCCAACUUGCAGCAAUAUCGCAGUAUGCUGAGGACCAUACCAACCUGCAUGUUUUGAUGACCAAAACAGAUGGGGGAGUUAGGAUGGCCUACUACGAUGGACAAAGCUGGAAGCAGGAAGAUAAUGUCGCUGGCAUGGAAGACGUUCUACCACUUGCACCGAUCGCCGGAAAUCAACUAGGACGUAUAUACGCGAUCGAGAAAGGACCCCAGAUCGUUGAGUGGAGGAGAACAGACGCGACCACACCAAAAUUCGAGCGUGUUGGAGAGAUUGAUACGACAGGGGGUGGGAAGUAA